UCCUGUGACAGCGGCAGCGCCGCUCCGAUCCUCCUCUGGCGGCCGCCGCCAUGUACCGCUACUUGGGCGAGCUGCUGGCGUCCCGCCUGGCCGCCGGCUCGGUGCUGGCGGGCGCGGAGCCCGGCGGGCCGGCGGCGGCGGCGGCCGGGGGAGCGGCGGUGGCGGCGUGGGGCGGGGGCCGGUGCCCGCGGCGGCACUACUGCGAGGCGGCGAAGAAGGAGGACGACCCCAACUUCUUCAAGAUGGUGGAGGGGUUCUUCGAUCGCGGCGCCAGCAUCGUGGAGGACAAGCUGGUGGAGGGGCUGCGCACCCGCGAGAGCAUGGAGGAGCGGCGCCACCGCGUCCGCGGCAUCCUCCGCAUCAUCAAGCCCUGCAACCAUGUGCUCAGCGUCACCUUCCCCAUCAAGCGCGACAACGGCGAGUGGGAGGUGAUCGAGGGCUACCGGGCGCAGCACAGCCAGCACCGCACGCCCUGCAAGGGAGGUAUUCGUUACAGUAUGGAUGUCAGUGUGGAUGAAGUGAAAGCCUUAGCAUCUCUCAUGACGUAUAAAUGUGCUGUGGUUGAUGUGCCAUUUGGUGGGGCAAAGGCUGGUGUCAAGAUCAAUCCCAAGAACUACACAGACAAUGAAUUGGAAAAGAUCACGAGAAGGUUUACCAUGGAGCUGGCAAAAAAGGGAUUUAUUGGGCCUGGUGUGGAUGUGCCCGCUCCUGAUAUGAGCACAGGGGAGAGGGAGAUGUCCUGGAUUGCCGACACUUAUGCCAGUACCAUAGGACACUAUGAUAUUAAUGCCCACGCAUGUGUAACUGGUAAACCCAUCAGCCAGGGUGGGAUCCAUGGACGUAUAUCUGCAACUGGUCGUGGUGUCUUCCAUGGAAUUGAAAAUUUCAUCAAUGAAGCAUCAUAUAUGAGUUUAUUAGGAAUGACUCCUGGAUUUGGAGAUAAAACAUUUGCUGUUCAGGGAUUUGGUAAUGUGGGCUUGCAUUCUAUGAGAUACUUGCAUCGUUAUGGAGCAAAAUGCGUCGCUGUCGGAGAAUUUAACGGUUCUAUCUGGAAUCCUGAUGGGAUUGACCCAAAGGAACUAGAAGAUUUCAAAUUGCAACACGGGACAAUCAUGGGCUUCCCUAAAGCAAAGCCACUCGAGGGCAGUAUUCUGGAAACAGACUGUGACAUUCUCAUCCCUGCUGCCAGCGAGAAACAGUUGACUAAGGCCAACGCUCACAAGGUUAAAGCAAAAAUUAUUGCUGAAGGUGCCAAUGGGCCUACGACUCCUGAAGCUGACAAAAUCUUCUUGGAGCGGAAUAUUAUGGUUAUCCCUGAUCUUUACCUGAACGCUGGUGGUGUAACAGUAUCUUAUUUUGAAUGGCUGAAAAACUUGAACCACGUCAGUUAUGGCCGUUUGACUUUCAAAUAUGAAAGGGAUUCAAACUACCACUUGCUCAUGUCUGUCCAGGAAAGCUUGGAAAGAAAAUUCGGGAAACAUGGGGGAACUAUUCCAGUUGUGCCUACAGCAGAAUUUCAGGAUAGGAUAUCGGGUGCAUCUGAGAAAGACAUUGUCCACUCUGGGUUGGCUUAUACAAUGGAGCGUUCUGCCCGGCAAAUCAUGCGUACUGCCAUGACAUACAACCUGGGUCUGGACCUGAGAACAGCUGCCUAUGUCAAUGCAAUUGAGAAAGUCUUCAAAGUGUACAAUGAGGCUGGUUUGACCUUUACAUAAACAGGCCAUGACCGCUCCUUGUUGUAUCCCACCCCUCUCGCUGUUAAUGUACCCUCUUCUUGAGAAAGCUUAUCACAAGUUUACAUGUAACCACAAAAUUUUUUCUUCUGACAUUAUAGUGGAUUCUAUUCUCAAUUAGUUUCAGUUCCAAACUAGUCUUUUUUACAAUAAAAAUCCAUGGAUUAGGAAAUUGUAUACAAGUAUGUAUCUGAAGAUAACAGUUCAUCUGCACUUGUGGGGGCCAUUCUGGGUAUUUCGCCUACAAAACAAAAUGGUACAUUUUAUAUAUGAAAGAGUGGUCUUGCCACCUGAGCCACUUCUCAGACUUCAGAUCAGAUACUGUACUAUAUGAGCACUUAGCUCAUUAUUACUUCAUGCACUUUUGUUUAAUGACGUAAUUUUGGCUUCAGCACUUUCAGUAAGGCCUUGUAUGAUCAAUGCUGUGGCAUUGUCAAAGGAAGAACGGGCCUCCAGCAGGGAUUAACUUUGAUAGGAGUCUAGUUUUUGUUUGUAGUAAAGCUUCAGGCCUGAUUCUCUUUAGGCAAUAUUUUUUCUUUUACUGUGCUGCUGUUACAGGACUGCCUUUUAUCACUUGUUCAAGCUAGUUUGACUGUCAUCAUGAAGUAUGUAGCGCUGACAGACUAAUAUUUUUAUAAGCUGAAACUAUCAAGCAACUCUAGUUAAGUUUUUAAUCGAGUAUCUACAUAAUUAUUCUGACUAUAGGUCGUUUCCUUUUUUUAAAAAAAGGGAUAUUCUGAAUUUGGUAAGCAAUCAUACUUAGGUUUUUUUGGAAUUCUUUUUCAGUCUUUCCUUUCAGAGGCUUUCUGAAAAUUAGAUACUGCCUCAAUGAACAACUGAAGUGAAACUGAACCCAGAAAUCAUUGGCCAAACCACAGAGGAGCUAAGAUGCUGCUGUAAACUUAAUCCACUGUCUUAACACACACGGCCUUUUUUUUUUUUGGUGAUAAGGAGGUCGUGAAAAUUUUGAACAUCCUGGAGUACAACAAAAUGGACCUCAACCAAAUAUUGUGGAUCAAGCACAGUUUUUGAAGCAUAAGGCUUUUGUCCCAUGGAGUCCCCUUGAAGUGCCAGAUGUUAUUUAUGUAAUGAAUAUGAAUGUUUUUUUUAAAAAGACAACUAGUCCCUCCCAGAAACUCAUGCUUUUUUCCUAACUACUUUGUAACUGCAUGACAUAACCUGGAGAGAGAGCAGUUAUUAAAAAAAGUUGACCUUUCCAAACCUACUAUGCUGGUGUAUUACUGUUUUCUAUUUCAUGCAGUAGCUUUCUGUAGUUACAAUCAAUCUGAAAAUCUUCACAGCACACUUGUCUAAUACAUGCCCACUGCUAAAAUGCUGCCCCUUAGUUUUCUUAAGGGGCUCACUAAUACUUCUCUUGAACUUGCCUAUUAGCAAGACUUUUAAAAUUGGAUAUAUUUGGUAAAUAAUUUCAGAUCUUUUUACUGUGUCUUCUCAAAUUUGUGUGAAGAACUAUUUGGGUAGUUAGCAUGGAGGAAUAAACCUGCGUGUUGCAUUUGAUUAGUGGCUUGCUCCAUCAUAUAUACUAAUGUCUAGUUUUAUAAAAGUACUACAGAUCACCUAAGUGCAGCAUAUAUAUAUAUAUAUAUAUACACACACACACAUAUACUGACAUCAU